GCCAAAAGGAAUGAGCCCACCGAGGUAAUGCAGGUGUCCAAGAGCCGUGCCUGGGAAGUGCAAUUCGACAGUUUCAUCACCAACGUCCUGGAGCCAUCCGGAUUCGAGUUGACCCGCUGGACACGCGUGCCGUACCUUUGCGAGGGCGACUUCUCCCGCUCGUUCUACUCCCUCAACGACGUGGUCAUGAUCGCCCAACCCAAGUCACUAUGGCAUCCCCACCCCUAG